CACACAUCAACAUAUUUAUCAACACAUGCAAUCAUUGCACAAAAUCAAGUUGAAUUGGAUCAUUACCUAACACAAAAACCAAACGCAAGGUAAUUAUUUAUUAAAUUCCAAUCUUCUUUUUCGGUUACGUCUUCUCCUGUAAGUAGUUCAUCAUCAGAUCUUACCCUAUAUAAAUACUCCAAAUCCUCAAUUCCAAAUGCAAAACUCACCCGGAAAUCUUGUAUUUUCCCUUCACAAUUUGACCGGCCACCGUGACCGCAAGAGAUGAUGCAGUGGGAGAUUCUUCAACCCUCUUGGCCCCUCUACAGUAUCAUCCAUCAAGAAAACAAUCCCUAUUUCGAUCAGAACGAGCACAGAUUUGAAUGCCCUUCGUUCGUUACUACUACUUUUCAGGAUCCUCUACCGUUGCCAGGCUGUCCAGACAACCUUAUUGAUGAUUUCCCGAUGGAUUUCGAGCCGUGGGACGAUUUUCCGGCCUUAUUUGAUGUCCUGGAAGGUACAGAGCUGGAGACACUGAUGACGAGUAGUGAUGAUAAUGGGUGGAGCCCUAGUCCUAGCCCUUCAUUGAAGUCCACGUCUACCACCGAUGCCCUGUCAGUGUCACAGCAAUUGCUCGUUUUGCCGCACGAGGAAAUGGAAACGGAUGCCCAGUUGUGCCUCCACCAUCUCCUGAAGGCCUGUGGAGAAGCCAUGGAGAAGGGGAAGACAGAGCUCGUGGAGGUGAUCUUGAGACGCAUGGCUGAGAGAUCAAGCCCGCUCGGGGGACCUCUAGAGCGUGCUGCAGUUAAUCUGUCCCGAGACUUUAACGACCAUGACAGGGAUUACCUGAAACAGGAGUCCUGGAAGAACUAUCGGGAAGCUCUCAGGGUGUUCUACCAAGCAUUCCCUUACGGAAGAUUCGCUCACUUCGUGGCGAAUUCGGCUAUUCUCGAGGCAAUCCCAAUCGAAGCUGAGGCAAUUCAGAUAGUCGACUUCGACUUGGGGGAGGGCCUCCAGUGGCCUCCACUCAUUGAAGCCUUGGGACAGAGACACGGACCACUGAAGUUGAAGCUGACAUGUAAGGCCUCGGAAGAUGAGGCGAAGUUCGAGACAACGAGAGGGCAUCUAUGUAAUUACGCAGCAUCUGCAGGGGUAAAUUUGACCGUGGAGAUAAAAGGGAUUGAGGAAUUGGUAGGUGAAUAUACUGAUGAGAGCAAAAGCGAGGGACAUUUUGAGUGGAUUGCCUUUAAUUGCAUGGUGGGUGUCCCACAAAUGGGCAGAGUCGCCAGUAGGAGGGAAGUUGUUGGAUUCCUAAAGGCAGCUAAUGGCAUUUUGAGCAAACUCGGCGACAGUUUCGGUGAUAGGAGAGGGAUUGUAACCUUUGGUGAUGGGAAUGCUUGCGGAAAUUUAAGGGACGUCCCCAGUUUCGGGGCAUUUUUCGAGGGGCGCCUGAAGCAUUACCAAGCGGUACUCGAGUCAAUGGAGUCAAACUUCCCUUCUCAUCUCCAAGGGGCGAGGCUAGCCAUGGAGUCUCUCUUUGUUGCCCCCUUCAUCUCUUCCUCUGACUGGUUUCAAAGGUGGGAGGAUGUAAGGACCGGCUUGGACGAUCCGCCUGCCAGUCUCGGUUUCAGCCCUCUAGGAAUUGGGCAACAGAGUCUUACGGAGAUCCAGGAAAUGCUGAAAGAGAGUGAAUCGAGUUACGGAGUGAGGAGUGUCGGAGAGAGUCAGAACGAGAUGGUCUUGGAAUGGAGAGGAACUCCGUUGAUCAGAGUCUCAACUUGGAAAUGUUAUUAGGACCAUUAGGUGGUAAAGAACAU